AUGCAAGGCUAUCCACCACAGCAACAAUUCGCUGGUCUUCCAGCCCAAUGUCAACAGUGUUUCUUAACACCGGGUUUUUCUCAACAACAACAACAACAACCUACGCCUUACGGUGCGUACAACCAAUACUUUAACAAUCCAUACCAACAACAACAGCAACCCUUAUUUUAUCCUCAACAACAACCACAAUUUUCCUAUUUUCCUCAACAACAGCAAUAUCCCUUCGUCCCUCAACAACAAUAUCCAUUCUACGCUCAACAACAAGCGCAAUUCUAUCCGCAACAGCAACCAUUGUUCAAUUGGCCUCAGGGUUUUGCAGGCCAAAGCGCAUAUGGCUACCAGCAAUAUUGGCCUCAACAACAGCAACGGGUUUUUGAAAAUCCCCGAACCCCUAUUCCAGCACCUGCUCGUCGAGAAAAAGACAAGCCAAAGAAGUUCUAUGAACGGGUGUAUUCAUAG